CCGCAGGUGCACACGGGCUGGCUCAGGGCAUGAGAGCCGCCUCACCCGGGGCCUGAAGGAGGGACCCAGCUGUGGAAGAGCUCUCCCAGGUCAUGAUUUCGGCAUCCCUGUCACCCGUGAAUCCCUCUGGGGAAUCCAUCCCUUCGGCCUGAGGGAUCUGGUGGUGGCAGGACUCGGCAGGGUCCUCGGCCAGGUUGCUGCAUAGGGGUCUGGGAAGAAGCUCACCUGGGUUCAGGUUGUGGGGUGGGACAGGUGCUGCCUUCCCCUGAUAGAUCCUGUCAGGAUGUCCUGUCAGGACGUGCUGGCUGUGUCCGGUUCAAUUCCCUGGAGGGAAUUUAAGGUGUCGAGGAAGGCGUUCAGCUGCGCUGUGGUGCCUCAGGGAGGGAAGGGCGAGAUCCUCUCUCGGAGCGAUAGAAAGAUGGUGGGUGCUGAUGUCCCAGGGUCGCUGGGGAUCUCAGUCGUAGCUUUGAGUUAGAGCAUCAUGCUUGUGCCAGACCUUUGAUUCAGAGCCCUUAAGCUAUAAAGGUUGCAGAAAUUAUGAGUUAACCUGCCUUUUUUUUCCUUUUUUUUUUUUUUAGUUUUUUCAUUUUUAAGCAAAGCUACUUGUGAAAGUGACCCUAAGGGUUGUCUGAUCAACAUUCACACGAUCCUCAUUCAAUGGCAAUGCACACAUGCAUGGUUAAUUAGAAAUACCAAUUCAGUAUGGAGGAGAGCAGUGUGUGAAAGGUAUAUCCUGACACCGACUGCCUGUUGUGUCUUGCUCAAACAGAUGACAGUGCCUAAAAGAAGGGGACUUGAUUCUUGCCCACUUUCUGCCUUAUGGUAGUGGGAUGAAGACAGGGGACUCCUAUUUGCUUGACAAAUGUCUUGCUCCUGAUUUCACUGCUGAACAGUUAAAAGUCAGAUUGUUUUCUUGUGGUUAUCCAUGUCCAGCUGUCAGCGUUUUCUGAAUCUGGGUGCUGAAAGUGCAGUUGUUUCAUUUCCCCUUUAAAGAUUCUUUGUGCUGCAGUGUUUGCUUUUCAGAUGCAGAGCCGGGAUGUGUGCUUGUAAGAACACCAACGUUUUCAAUUGUUUUGGUUUUUUCUCUUGGAAGAAAUGUCAUGUCCAUGGUUUUCUCUCUUCCCCCAGCCAUUUCUGGGCAGCCUGAGAUUGCAAGAUUGCAGUUUGGCCCAAAAGAGAGACUUUAAGUUUCCAAUCCUACAGUCCAAGCUGAAGCAAUGAGCUGUGUUUGCAGGUUAAGUUGGAGCAAAGAAGCAAAGAAAGGUCUGUGGGAAAAGAGAAAGAUGAUCCUGGGCAAUAUAUUGGGAAGGAUACACUGGUAGGGGGGGUGGUGGCAGGUGAGGAGGCUGCUGCUGCAGUAGACAGCCUGGACCAGGACUCAGAGAGUCCUCUGCGUCACUGAUUUCCAGUGUGACAUCCCAGCAAGCAAAUCACUGGCCUUGUUGUCUAAAAUGGGAAUAAUUUCGGCAUUUUGCUGUCUCAAGAAGACUUGCAAACGUCUCUACUUACCUUAGGUCCCUGCAGGUUGCAGAAGAUGUCACCUGAGGUUCAGGGAUGAGGGCAGGAUGAGAGUAAAAGGAAGAAAACCACAUUGGGAACAGAUGGAGAGAGAAGGACAGAGUGAAUUGGAGGAGAGGGAAGGACUGGUGGAGCUUCAAGAACCAUGAAAGGAACUUUGAGAACGGCUAUAGGUUACCUUGCAUGGGGUUUAUUGCACAUUUUUAAUGCUGAGGUUGCUGCUGGAUGAUCCUGCCUGCUGGGGAGAGGUCUGGGCUGCCUCUCCCAUGGGUAGCAAAGGGAAGGGAGCAAAAAAGCCUGGAGGAUGUGGACUGAUCUGUUACAAUGGUGAGGAGAGUGUCCAGCAUCCUCCCUGCAAUUUCCUGAGCUGGGGCAGGUCCAGGUACUUAGGGAGAGAACUUCUGCUCUUGCUGUAUUAUUUCCUGCUUCCCGUGAGGAACCACUGGUAUUAAUAGCGAUGACUGCCUAAACCAGAAGAGCCAGUAGCCCUUCAAUUGUGGCACCACAGGACUGCAGGAAUGGGUUUUGCCUGGCCAAGACACUGAGGAUGGCCACAUCUUUGUCAGAGGGAGCCUCCCCAGUGUGGUCUUGGCCCAGCUGAACGCUCCUAGGGGUGAUUUAAUGUGCAAAGCCUGUCUCUGAAAAUAUUUCAGUAGACCUAAAAAGUAAUAAUCCCUCUGGAUGCAAUGUAGAGGCUGCUCACACGGGCUUGGCUACUGUUUAGCAGCUGGAAGCUGUUCCCCUGCUCCCCUCUGUCCAUUAUGGGAAUCAAGGUGCAAUUUCCCCUAAGAUCUUAUUUUAAAAGAAUAAUGAAAAGCAAAACUGAAAGGGGAGCCCAGUGGGAAAGGAGGGCAUGUACUAAUACAUUGUGUUGUGCUUGAAGGAAAACGCUGUUUGGCACCUUCCUACUGUAGCUCACCCAAACACCGUACAAACAGCAAUUUAUGGUUGUAGCAGCUUGAGACACUGGUAAACAAAGGAAAUGAAUUCCUACAAAUAAGGAAUGCUGGCAGUGGAGUGGUGAACACCACAGAAAUGCCUGUCUAUGAUACUUUGCCUCUCAGGGCAAAUGUUUUCCACAGGUCUCAACAGAGUCAAAAGACAAUCCCUGUGCCAGAGAGGGCCACUUUAGUGGAAUGACAAAAGCCAAGUCAUGGGUACUGCACAUCCAUUCCUUGUAGUUCAACCUCUGCCCCAUCACCUCCCUUGUUGCUGCUCCUCUGGGGCUUUGGUCGUUAAUACAUGAAGAAGAGGACCUCUUUCUGUGGAGGAGGAGUAAAUCCACUGGCUGAAGAGGUUGGUGAGGGAAAACUGUCCUGAGAAACAGUGUGCUCUGCCACAGUCCCUAACAGCUCACAGGUCUUGGGUGUUUUCCCCAUGGCAAGUUGCAUUUACCAAAGGAAAUGCCACUCUGGGGACAGUGUAUAUCUCUCCAAAAGUGUAGAGCUGUAAAGUGCAGUGAAGAAAGGAGCAUAGGCUUCCAAAAGGUGAAUAGAAGAGGGGUGAAAGGGAUAAGAGAGAUGAAAGACAGCGUAAACAGGUGGGAGAAGCCCUGCUUACACUCCAUGAGAAGCUCUGCAGCUUGAGUGUGUAUUUUCUGUUUGGUGGGGAAAAAACAGUGGCAGAGUAGAAAAGGCAGGGAAACGUGGAAUUUUUCUGGCUUUGCAGGGCGUGUACUCUCAUCCAUAAACUACAGGAGAAGGAGACAAUAUGAUCAGGGAUAACAUUCUGCCAAGUCUGUUCCCCUGGGCUUAGUCUGUUUUUCCUUACCUUCAAAGCUAUUUGUAAGUCAACACUUGGAAGUUUCACCUCCUUCUUAAGUGUUCUUUGCCACUCCCAACACUUACAUUGUUUUCCUGAAAAUGGGACAAACCUUUUGGGCAGACUUCCUUCCCCUUUCCAAUGUAAUGUGUGUCUUGGCUUUACUUGCUCGUGCACAUUGGAAAUGAUUGAAGACAUUUGUGAUGUUUGGAACUGAGGAGCAAAUAAAACACCUCUAUCACUUUAUUAGUACCUUCUCAAGACCUCUGUACAUUAUGUAAUAUGUACAUAUUACAUUAUAAUAUGUACAUAUUAUACACUCCGUCUGCUUGUUGCUGCUUCAUUAGAUUGGGGUGGCUGAGGUGGAGGACAAUCACUGGACAGCCUGUCUGCACAGUGCCUCUGAAUUCCUGGGCUUUGCCAUAACAUCAGUCUACAAUUCUGUAUUGCUUCCAGGGCAAGGAGAUGGUUUCAGAGACUCUUUCCUCACAGCACAACUGAAGCAGGGAGAGCUUUGCUGUCUUACUGUUUUUUUGAGGCGAUAGAUAGCCCUCCGCAUUUUCCAACAUCUCUUUACUUUGGGGGUUGGCUGGGAUUUUGAGGUAAGUGCCCUUCUCACAAGCAUCCCAAACCAAAGGAUUCUCAAGGGGAAGAUACACCCUUGUGGUGGUGCUGGUGGUGGUGGUGGUGUGAGACUGUGUGGCUUUGGUCUGUGUUGAGACUCUGCUAGAGAUUUCCCUUGUGUCUCAGAAGUCUGGUGAAAGUGGCCCCAGUCUCGAGCAUCUCUGUGUUAAGGAGACUUUCCUGUCUGACCCAGAAGCCACUCUGUCAGUCACACUUCUACCACCCCAGGCUGUCACUGCUGGGACCAAAGCCCUUUCACAUUAGCUUAAUGGGUGGUUCCAUUAAGCUAAUGUGUGCCUUGCUUGGCUCCCCACACACCCCAUAUUUACACAGUCAGACAGGUUUUCCUCACUGGCUGGACCCUGGGAUUCCCACAUCAGAGUCCCAGAAGCCUGGACUCUUUAAGUAAUUUAAUCAUGGUGCAGUAACACCAUAACAGCUUGAAUCAGUGCCUUCAGGGGGACUCCAUGCACUAAGGAAUCCCUGGCCUUUUUUACCCUCACAGUCUGUGUGCCCAUUCCAAUCCUGAUAUUUAGUCUGGGGCCUUCUGGCUGUUUAUUUGGGUUCUACAGAGUCUCUAAGUGACCAGCCACCCUUGGCCAGUGCCACAGGUCUCCAUGCCCUUUACUGGGCAAAGGGUAGGUGCUAGCUCAUGGUGCCUUGCAUGUGGCUCCAGACACCACACGACCUGCAGCUCCCGCUGUGGCUGCUCACCAGGCCACUACUUGUAUUCCUCAAUAUCUGCACUUGGAUUCCUCAAUAUCUGCACUUGGAGAGAGUAGGGCAUCUGCCCUGGGAGGUGGGCAGUCCAGCACACAUUGGAGGACUCACUGGGAGCUGGUUGCCACCUGACUUGUGCAGCCCCUGAGGCCAGAAGGAGCUGCUUGUAUCUUGCAGUGAGUGCUCCCUAGCAGAAUGGGAUCCCUGGGGCAAAGAAACACACAGCACCUGCAAAAUGCAGUUCUCCUCAGCUCACCCUGGCUGCUCCUGCCUGGUUUCACUGCCUGCUGCCCCAGCUCCUGUCUGAACUGGAUGUUACCUUCUGCCUUACCCAGCUCCUCUCUCUGCCUCCUUUACCUAUCUGCAGGUUGAGGACCAUGACUGCGCAAGAGCUGCUCAUGAUGAGUGGGACCUCAUGGAAGUCAGCAUAAUCUGGCAUAGGUCCAUGGGUCAAAGCCUGCAGAACAUCCCUUUAGUCCUGUGGUGGCAAAUCAUAUUAAUUUUCCUUUUCUAACACCCAGGAGUGUGCUCUGGAAGCGGGGUGUGUCUGGUUCGUGCAGCGCCAAAUGCGAGACAGGCAGACUCAGCCCACAAGAGUUGAAAGUCGGCGUCUCUGGCUGUAACACAGCAGCUCAGCACUGGUUGCUAAAUGGCCUGUAUGGAUGGGAAGAAAUGCAGCGUGUGGAUGUUUUUACCUCUUGUCUUUACCCUGUUUACAUCAGCUGGAUUAUGGAUAGUGUACUUUAUAGCAGUGGAAGAUAACAAAAUUCUCCCACUAAGUGUGCCAGAUAGGAAACCUGGUCCCAAAAGACCGCCUUACAUAAGUAUUGCAGGUGAUGCACCUCCUGCAAGCUGUGUGUUUAGUCAAGUCAUGAACAUGGCAGCAUUCCUAGCGCUCGUUGUGGCUGUCCUGCGCUUCAUUCAGCUGAAGCCAAAGGUGCUCACCCCUUGGCUGAACAUCAGCGGCUUGGUGGCACUGUGUCUGGCCUCUUUUGGGAUGACCCUACUCGGCAACUUUCAGCUUUCCAAUGAUGAGGAGAUCCACAAUGUGGGCACGUCGCUGACCUUUGGCUUCGGGACAUUGGCGUGCUGGAUCCAGUCUGCCCUUACCCUCAAGAUCAACCUGAAGAAUGAGGGGCGGAAAGCUGGGAUUCCACGAGUGGCUCUCUCAGCCAGCAUCACCCUCUGUGUGGUGCUCUAUUUCAUCCUUAUGGCCCAGGGCAUUCACAUGCAUGCUUCCAGGAUCCAGUGGGGCCUAGUGAUGUGCUUCCUGUGCUACUUUGGCACCUUUGCAGUGGAGUUCAGGCAUUACAGAUUUGAGAUAAUUUGUUCUGAGUACCAGGAAAACUUUCUGAGCUUUUCCGAAAGCUUAUCAGAAGCCUCCGAGUACCAGACAGAUCAGGUGUAGCCUGUCUUCUGGCAGGGGGGAGGGGGGCAGGUGUGGUCUCAUGGGUGAAACAUGACCUCAUUUACACUUUUUUUAUGAGUUUGUUUUCAUGUGCAAUCAUGAUGGUAUUGCCAAAGGGCUCUGAGGGUGGCUAUCUCACUAAGAGCCAAACAAAUAGGUGUCUGAUGGAAGAGGAGUGGAUCCAUCUCAGCGGCAGCGUGAGAGAGCACAAGCUGCUUAGUUUGCACCACCAUUGACUCUUUCUGAGUGGCUCUGUCACACUCCUGUGGUUCAAAACAUUCAGCAGCCUGUCCUUGCGAUGCCCCUCCGAGACCAGUCCUGCUCAGCCCAGCCUGCAGAGAAGGAGGCGAAGGAAGCAGACUUCUUCAAACAGCAGGAGUCUUCAGGAGUCUCCAAUUCCCGAGUCACCAGAUGUGUUUUUCGUGUGUUUCUCGGGUUGUUUUCUUUGCUGACAACUGGGGGAACUUGGUAGGGUGAGCAAGAGCAGCUGUUUCUUCAGAACCUGGAAUCAGACACGGAAGACCCCAAUGGACUGGCUUUUAUGGCAAGCAGGCAGGCAUUUCUUCCAGACUGGAAAGCAGCCAGCGGUAAAUCUGGGUUUGGAAGGAACUGUGCUGUGAUCAGGAAGUGAGACUUAGCUGAUGCUGCCUUGUUGCUGGGCAGAUCAUCCCCAGGCCAGAGGGGGUGACACAGUGGGAUGCUGUGCUUGGCUUCCUGCUGGGGAGUGGUAGGAGUGAGGUGCUGAAUUAAGAUGAGAAUGUCUGUGUGCUCUGAAGACGACCCAGAAAAGGCUGCUUUUUCCAUGCAUAGUGCUUCCACGACAAAUUGUGUACAGUAUUUCAAAAGCUUUUUAAACUUUUUUUUUAAUGUUCACUGAGGGGAAAAACAUUGUGUUAAGAGUCACCAGGCUUGUCUGCCUGGAGAACGGUACCAGUGGUUCUGGGCAUAGGGUUUGGUUUUGCUCCUUGUGCAAGCCAAGCUUCAGACAUGCUGGUUUGGGCUCUGGGCCCCUCAGUGUGGCCAGCUGUCCUGAGUGGAGCCUGCCUUGGGUUUCCAAGGUGCCAGGAGGGAGUUCUGCCCCAGAGGCUGGGUGGUCUGCCUGAGGGCUAGAGGUGCGAGAAGGGAACAGCAAAACCAGAAGGGUUUCUUCCUCCCUAAAGGGAGAUUUUCAAACAGAAGGCCUGUUUUCAGAGAAGGAGCUCAAAGCCCAUUUGAAAACCUAAUUUUGGGAAGGCUGCUGUAUUGGCUGGGCAGGGGAGUGAUGGGAGUUGCUACUCAUGAACAUGGCUCCUAUUUUCCUCCACAAAUCAGGCUCAGCUAAGGUCUACAUCUUGUCUGAGCUGCAGGAAAGCAAGCAGAAAUUAAAAUGGUAGGAAAAGGCACUUGAAUGGGAACUCGUGCUGCUCUGUGGCAUUUCUGACAGAGAGGGAAAAGGCAAAAGGUCACAGGCCUCUCCUGAGGAGAAACAGUUAAGACAAACUGUGUGUUAAGUAGAAAGCUUUCAGCCAGCCCUUUAUUAUAUUCUGUGCACCAAAUGUUCUCAGGCAGCUGUUACAAAUCCAGAGCAUUUUUGGCCAACAGAAGGUUGUUACAGAUUGCUGAAGGCUUCCUCCUUGUAGCAGUGUCAUUAAUGGAAAGCUUUCCUGGAAGGAUGUGCUGAGAGUGGCCAAGGACACAGCAGUGUGAAGUGCCAGCUCCCUUGAGGCACAUCCUGGGAGCUCCUCCUGGGUAAGGACAGGAGGGGACAGUCUGGGGAACAUGCAGGUGGGCAUCCUCUUGCACUGGCACACACUCAGUUCAUAUGGAGCACAAAAUAGCAAUUUGUUGUAAGAGUGUUUUACUGUAAAUAGUCCACUGUGACUUUUUUUCCCUAAUUAAUUAAUAUUUUCAGUUUAUUAUUUUAGCUUUUGUAAUUUUAUCAAAUGAAAAAAAAAGAUGAUGUGGUUAUUUUUUUUCCUUUUUCUCCUUUUCCUAUAUGCAAUCCAAACCGAACUUCAGGUUUUUAGUGAUAAUUCUGUACAUUUCUUAGAGUAUUUCUAACAGCACAUUUCAGUACAACUAAAUGACAACUAAUAUACACUAAAACAUGACCACUAAAUAAAGUGCUUUUAUGGA